CAGAAGAGAUUGGUGAGCUUCCAAAUAUGAGAGAGCUAGCACUUUCUGCUAACAACUUAAUGGGUGCCAUUCCAACAUCAAUUUUUAAUAUCUCAUCACUUCAGCUUAUGUCGCUUGCGAGAAAUAACUUGUCGAGCAAUCUUCCAUCAAGUAUAGGGCUUUGGCUACCCAAUCUUACUACUCUCCGUCUUGGAGGAAAUAACCUCAUUGGAAUUAUUCCUGAGUCAAUUUCAAAUGCUUCUAAACUCAUUUCUUUAGACCUUGGUAGCAAUGCAUUUACGGGUUCAAUUCCAAAAUCUCUUGGCAAUUUACGACUACUCCAAUUUCUCAGCUUGGCAAGAAAUAAUUUGACGAGUGGGUCAUCUUCUUCCUCUCCAGAAUUGAGCUUCCUUACUUCCUUGGUAAAUUGCAAACAUUUAAAAGUAUUGUGGAUAGAUUAUAAUCCUCUGGACGGCAUUCUUCCGACAACUAUUGGAAAUCUCUCUGCUUCCCUUGAGAACAUUGAUGCAGAUUCUUGUGGAAUCAAAGGCAACAUUCCUAGUGAAAUUGGUAAUAUAAGCAAUUUGGCAUUCUUGAAUCUGCAACAAAAUGGCUUGACCGGAUUCAUUCCCUCUACAAUUAAAGCGUUGGGAAAGCUUCAAAUAUUGUAUCUUUCCAACAAUAGACUGCAAGGGUCCAUUCCAGAUGAUAUAUGCCAACUUAAGAACAUGGGUGAUCUAGGAUUGGACCAAAAUGAACUUUUUGGAUUGAUUCCUGAAUGCUUAGGGAAUAGUACAUCUCUAAGGUAUCUCUACCUCAAUUCCAACAAACUAACUUUCGCCAUACCUACAAGGUUGGGCAAUCUUAAAGAUAUCUUGGAAAUUAACCUGUCCUCGAAUUCUUUAAAUGGAAAUCUGCCACCACAACUUGGGAGUUUCAAAGUUGCAACACUAAUAGAUUUUUCAAUGAACCAGUUCACAGGCAAAAUCCCAAGUACAAUUACAGGUUUGCAAAACUUGGUUACUCUUUCAAUGGCGCACAACAAGUUACAAGGAUCUAUACCUGACUCAUUUGGCAGCAUGGUGAGCUUGGAAUUCUUAGAUCUAUCCUAUAAUGACCUGUCCGAUGUGAUCCCCAAAUCCUUAGAGACAUUGUCUCAUCUUUCAUAUCUCAACAUUUCUUUCAAUAAGUUAAGAGGACAAAUUCCAAAUGGGGGACCUUUUGCGAACUUCACCAUUCAAUCUUUCAUGUCGAAUGAAGCAUUAUGCGGUGCACCAAAGUUUCAAGUCCCGCCAUGCCAUACUAGUUCCCUUCAUCAUCUGAGGGAAAAACGAGUAGCUCUAGCGUUAUAUAUUUUGUUACCUAUUGCUUCCAUACUGCUUGCUACGAUCUUUGUGUUCUUGUUCACAAAAUGUCGAAGAGGAAAUAAAACUCCAUCCAAUGUUGAUCUCUUACCAACAAUAACACCUCCAAGAAUCACAUACCAACAGCUUUUUCAAGCAACUAACGGGUUUAGUGAGAGCAACUUGCUUGGUACAGGGAGUUUUGGUUUUGUCUACAAAGCUAUCCUUGAAGAUACCACAGUUUUGGCUAUAAAGGUAUUCAACUUGCAAGUAGAAGGUGUAUUCAAAAGUUUUGAUGUAGAAUGCGAGAUAAUGCGACACAUUCGUCAUCGCAAUCUUACUAAGGUCAUUAGCAGUUGCUCGAACCUUGAUUUCAAAGCUCUAAUACUUGAGUAUAUGCCUAAUGGGAGUCUUGAAAAGUGGUUGUAUUCUUACAACUAUUUCUUAGAUAUGUUGCAGAGAUUAGACAUAAUGAUAGAUGUUGCAUGUGCUUUGGAGUAUCUUCACCAUGAUUAUUCAAUGCCUUUGGUUCACUGUGAUUUGAAACCCAGCAACAUCUUGCUAGAUGAUGAUAUGGUUGCACAUGUGAGUGAUUUUGGCAUUGCGAAGUUAUUAGAUUUGGGGGAGAGUGUCACACAUACAAAGACCAUAGCAACAUUUGGGUAUAUUGCACCAGAGUUUGGAUUGGAAGGAUUAGUAUCCACAAGCUGUGAUGUUUAUAGUUAUGGAAUCUUGCUUAUGGAAACAUUCACAAGAGUGAAGCCCACCGAUGAAAUGUUUUUUGAAGACAUGACGAUGAAACGUUGGAUGAGGGAGUCACUACCAAAUGCAAUCUCUCAUGUUAUAGAUGCUAACUUGCUUAAGCCAGAGGAAGAACACCUUACUGUAGUUGUACUGCAGUGUGUAUCAUCCAUCAUGGAAUUGGCUUUGAGUUGCUCUGCAGAAUCAUCCGAGGAGAGGAUGAACAUGAAAGAUGUUCUCGUAACACUCAAAAAAAUUAAACUUUGGUAUCUAGAAAAUUGUGGAAGGAGUUGAAAGAAGAAAAGUUGGGACUUUGGUAUCUAGCCAAUUGGAACAUUCAAAAAAGUUAGCCAGAUGCAUCUGUACCUGGUAGUGAUUACAUAGUACUUUGAUUGCUUAUUGUGUAUGCUUUGUAUUUUUUUUUCCUAUGUUUGUAUACGGUUGCAGUAUACGUAAGUAGUUAUCUUGAAGAACUAAGCAAAAAAGAAAAAAAAAAGAGAAGAAGUUAAAUAUGGUAAAUGUAUCCAAACAUGUGUCUUUGAGACUUUCUUUCUGUAAUGACUUGGAUUCUAAUUCGUAUCGGAUUGGUGUAAAGUGGUGCUUGUCACCUUAAAACUUGUAUGGUUGUCAGACUCUUGGUAUUGAUGGGUUGGCAAGUAAACUUUAAAUAUUAUAAUUGAGGAUCCUUGGGUGAUGUUUAGAACCUUGAUUGAAACCUUAACAAGGUAUUUAGGCAAGAUUAGAUCAAAAGCCCCAAAUUUGAGUUUUUAUUUUUGACCCAACUUCACUAUUUUGCCCUUUUCUCCUUCCACAACUUGAAUUUGAAUGUGAGGCUAGAACCAUUGGAAAUCUUGUUUCCGGGGCUUCGAUUUGGACGUAAGAAUGAUCUAAAAUGGAGUUCGAACGACAGAGUUAUACCUCUUUGAAUUUUUAGUUUCUGUGCUGGAAGCAAGCUCGCUCGAUUGAGACUUUCUUCGCUCGAGCGAACUGCGCGAUUUUCAAAGAUUUUGGGAGCUUCUUUUCCACGCUCUAGCCAAGCUUCCUUCGCUCGAGUGACCAGGUCGCUAGCAGACAUUAUAAAGUGACUUUUUGGCCCCAAAACCUUAGUUUUUCUUCCUCUCUUCUCUUUCUCUCCUCCAUGUCCGAAAACCUAGCCCUCAAAACUUUGAUUUCAUCCAUUUUUACCAAAAAAAUCCACCAUGGAUCUUGCGUCAAAGAUGAAGAAUAAGAGAAGAUCAACAUUUUCAACCGAUUAGAUUUUGGAUUUUCAAAAGGAUGCUC